AUGCAGAAUAAACAUAAAGGGGACAUUGAAUUCUUUAUAGAAGAUGAAAAGGUGCAGAAUGCGUACACGUUGGCAAAAGCUGGACAGCAGCAACUUUCACAAAUCCCAGAACACAACACCCUUCACUACUUCAAGGUGCCAUAUAAUGGCCAUUCUAGCGCCUGCGAAAUCUAUAUUAUACCGAUUAAGCACAAGCAGUACCAGAACCUAUUCUUCUUCCCGAUCCGAAGAUAUACGAAGUGCUGUGACGAUGCUCCUGAGAAGGAAUUAAAACUACAACACCAAACUAUAUACGAUGUCUACAUUCGGCCAAAUCAGUGGCGUUUCGAUGAUGAUAACAGCAAAGAGGUCAAGUUGCCCCAAAAUGCAUCACCCGUGUGUACUUGCCUUGAUCACGCACAGCUUGGUCUCGAUUAUCUACGACAAACCGCUACUGCGACAUCUUCUGGCGCGGAAGAGAAUGUAGUGUUCCGCAUGAUCUCUACAUGUCCAUGUCGGUGUACCGAUAUGGCCGAUGAAAUGGACAACAGAAGGAAGCCUGCUUUUGCCAGAAUCGGAGUUCAGACCACAACAGUAACUACAUUCUCGGGAGACUUCAAGGCCACAGUGUCGUUGUGGCGUAUCCGAAGUACGGGUUGCGUGGUCACACAGUUGCAUGCAAGCUACCCACUCCUCUGGAUCUCAGGUGGCCCUGGAAAAGGGAAGGCAAUGCUGGCGAUUUAUAUCACCGAGGUGCUACAGCCAGUUGCUGACGCCGCCGACAAUGUUCUCCUCUACUACUUCUGCAGUAACCGCGACAAGAAUCGGAAUAACGCAUUGACCAUUAAGAGAGGUAUCCUGUAUCAAGGGAUCGACCUCCAUCCGCAUCUGGUCAAAGAUAUCAAGAAGUCCUUCGAAGGGACGGAAACAACCAAAUAUACCAUUUCUAGUUUUGUCUCGUUGUGGGGGGUUUUCCUGUCCCUACUUCAGCAGAGCACGUCUUCCCAGGUAGUCUGCGUUCUGGACGGUCUAGAUGAAUGCGAAAAGGAACCACUCAGGCAGCUUCUCGACGCCGUUGACAAUUACUUGUCGAAGUCUGGGGAAAAGAGAGAUACAUCUUCGCCAAAGUUGCAGAACUGGCAUCCGAGCAAAACCCUUCCCGAAGAGAUGGUCGCGCAGGUUCAGCAGACCUUGCUGGCUGGCGCUGAUGGAACCUUUCUGUUGGUUGGAUUCGUGGCCAAUGAGCUUCAGGGCAGGAGUUGGUGCAAAAUUGAUGAAGUUCUCCGCCAUGUUCCUAAAGGCCUGGGUGGGAUCUAUCGACGGCUUCUUCAGCAGAUCAGCGACAAGGAAGCAUCGGUCCCCAUUCUUCAAUGGGUCGUUCUCGCUGCCCGGCCCCUCACAGUGGACGAAUUGACCGUGGCCGCAGGGAUCAAGACGGCUGGUACUCUUCCAGCAACUCAAGUGACCAAGGAUCGGCUCAGGUUCGGCGGGUUGCUCGUGAAGGUCGAAGGAGAUGCCGUCAACCUGGUUCACGAAUCGGCGAAGGAGUUCUUCCAGAGCGAUCAAUUGUUGAUCAGCAAGCAUUCCCGCCUCAUUUCGCGAAAGGACAACUACGGCCGGACGCCGCUGUCCUGGGCCGUCAAUCAAGGUCACCGAGAAAUGGUGGAACUGCUGCUUGACCAUGGUGCGCGUGUCAAUUUCAAAGAUCGAAGCAUGUUGACGGCACUCCAUAUCGCGGUCACCGGACAGCACAGUGACGUCAUGUCUGUGCUGCUCGAACACGGCGCCCGUCUCGAGGCCAAGGCGGAGCAUGGCGACACGGACACGCCGUUGAUCCGAACCAUUCUGGCGAAUUCGAGAGAAAUGCCGCAGGAAUUACUUGAGCACGGAGCGCGCGUGGCCAAAUUGCCAGCUCUUCUGGGAGUUGCUUCCAUGAGGGGACAACCGGGCCCGGUGGACGAGCGUGUCAAAGAGCUACUUGGGCUCCAGGAGCAGGUCUUCCUCGCACGCUUCAGGCGUUCGUCGCGAUUUGUCGACCUGGUCAUGAAAGGGCUGGGCCUUUUCCUUCGCUUUCCCCUCGUUCUUGAAUUGAUUCUGUCUGUACUGCAGGAGCUCGUCCAGGAGAACAAAACGGACGAACUGCGAGAAUGGGGGAAACUGUACCAUGUGUUCUUCUUGGGGGCUGGUUGUCGACAGAACUACGAAGAGGCUGAAGGCCAUGGGCGACCUGUCGACGCAGAUCUUGCAAAACACCCCCCUUUUUUUUGCGUCGACAGGUCGCCCAUGGCCUUCAGCCUCUUCUUGCAAAAGGUGCGCCUAGAGAUAUUCAGGCACUGCUGGCCAUCACGGUCUUCACCGGCAUGGGAACGAAACUCGCGGCUGUCCGACACGGAUGGAGAGAAGGAGAUGCCACCACAGCUGCGGCAAUUUCAGAUUGGGCCGCCAUCGCCUGCGACAGGGACGCGUUGGUGUUCUUCCACUUCGGCAUGCGGGGUUUUUGAGCGACUUCGAUGUGUUCGGAGUGGAAAUCGGGAAGAGAACGUACUUCGGACGGCCCUACUCAUGACGGGCCACUUCGCCAUGAUCGACAAACAGGAACCAGGGCUGAUCGAGUAUUUCUCCCGGGUUAUCGCGGAGUUCUUUGCGAAGGAUACAUCGGCAGAGGUUGAAUUGUUCAGCGAUGCGAAUCAGGCGUGCGCCAAUGAGCUAUUCGUCAUCAGUGAAAGUCGCGACUCUGCAAUAUUACGUCUCUUUCUGACCAGUAUUUUCCAGUUUGCCCAACAGGCCCAUGAGAAGGGACAGGACCGCUUUCUCAACGUACCCUCGGCAGCAUGCUUGAUUCUCUGCCAGGAGAAUGCCACCGCUCACCGGUGGCUGAUUGGUGAGGCCAUCCCGGAUGGAAUAGGGGCGUUGAUAGCGAAGGAACCUCCGGGAUCGCUGCAGAAGCGGGCUUGCAAGACCUUUGUGGAGUGCCUGAUCCUUGGGAAGCAGUCUUACCUAGGGGCGCACCGAGACAAAGAGUGGAACAGCAUCUGCAGUCCUUGCCGGGAGUCGGACAUAUGA